UAAAGUGGGCCUGAAGAGUGCAGCACCGAAAAAUGCAUGUAUUUUUUGCGUGAUUUUUCUCCAUAGCGAGUGCUCCAGGUGUUCUAAAUUUUACUACUAGCAUCUUAGUGCUGCAACCUCAAGAGCCAAACGGGUUAGCUGGAAGUAAUGGGCAGCACAACUUUUUAAGCACAUUUCUCUCGAUUCCCAUCCCAGUAGAAUCUUCUAUUGCUACACUCCAAACAUAUAUGCCAACUUAUCUAAUCAACCCGAAGCAACCUGAACGGGGAAGAUCCAAAGAUUUCCAACCCAACUUGGCACCUACAAAUAAUCCUACCGAUGUUAGGCUUGAUCCCAUCAGUCGUUGCAUACAACACCACAUACCUAAGGAGGCAUUCUUCUACUUCUACAAAUGGCCUCCAAUGUGCUCGCUUUCUCUGCGUUCCGUAUAGUGCCAUUGUUAGUGUGCUGUGUACUCGCCAAGGGACACAUGGAAGUGAUCCCUUUGACAAAUGGGGUUGAUCACAGAGGCCGGUUUCUAGCUUCAAAUAAUGUCUUCAAUGUGCUCAGAUAUGGGGCUCAUGGGGAUGGACGCCAUGAUGACACAAAGGCACUGGAAAAGACGUGGGCUGCAGCUUGCUCCUCUUCUCAUCCUGGCAUUCUGCUCAUUCCCAAGGGCAAUAAAUACCUCACGAAGCAUGUAACCUUUUCUGGCCCAUGCAAAUCCAAUAUUAAGUUAAUGAUAGAGGGUACUUUGGUGGCUCCUCAAAAGAGAUCAUAUUGGAUCGAGCAAACCAUUAGGCACUGGAUUCUGUUCAAAGCUGUGAGAGGUCUGACUGUCACUGGUGGUGGGACCAUUGAUGGAAAUGGCAAGAUAUGGUGGCAGAACUCCUGCAAAGUAAAUGCAGAACUCCCUUGCAGACAAUCUCCAGCAGCUUUGACGUUCUACUCUUGUACAAACCUGAAAGUAAACAAUUUAGAACUGUUAAAUAGCCAACAAAUCCACAUGUCAGUGGAGUGUUGCAGUGAUGUAAGGAUAUCCCGCCUAUCAAUCACAGCCCCCAGCACUAGCCCCAACACUGACGGCAUCCAUAUCGCCCAUAGUAAGGAUGUGAAAGUCAGAGACUGCGCAAUCAAGACUGGGGACGACUGCAUGUCAAUCGAGGACGGAACUAAGAACCUACAUGUGAAGAACAUCGUGUGUGGACCAGGUCAUGGGAUCAGCAUUGGGAGCUUAGGUGAUCGCAACUCUGAAGCUGAAGUUGCAAAUAUCACCAUCGACGGUGUGCGACUACAUGGCACGACAAAUGGAGCUCGUAUCAAGACAUGGCAGGGGGGACGUGGUUAUGCAAAGAAUAUCGUGUUCCAGAACAUAAUCAUGGAUAAUGUAUGGAACCCAAUCAUUAUCAACCAGAACUAUUGCGACUCUGCUACACCAUGUAAGAAACAGCAAUCGGCAGUGGAGGUGAGUAAUGUGUUGUUUAAGAACAUCAGGGGUACAAGUGCCUCAAGAGAAGCUAUCAAGCUGAAUUGCAGUCCAACUGUACCUUGCCAUGGCAUAGCCUUGCACAAUGUCAGGCUUACUCUAAAACGAGGUAGUGGUGAUGCAAAGAGCACUUGCCACAAUGCACAAUGGAGGAAACUGGGAACAGUUAUGCCACAGCCAUGUAAUCUCAAUAAUAAUUGAUAAAAAUAUGAAUUAGGCCAUGUAUAGAUGCCAGAAAGAUAUGUACAUGAUAGAGGGUGAAAAGAGAGCGACAGCUAGUUGUAUUACCUAAAGCAGUGUAUGCGCAAAAAAAA